CCAUCAACAUGGGUCGACGCCCUGCCGCUUCUACUGGUUGGCGCUCUGUCGAUGUUUUCACCAAAAGGUGGAGAAAAUGUUUGCAGCUUCCAGUGGAACGAUAGCAUCACAUCCCAAAAUAAUACUCCUGUUGUGUUUGACUAUCGUUGGAUGCUUCUCAAUCGGUUUUGCUUGGCUGAACUUCGAAAAAAGAUCGUCUAAGAUUUUUGUGCCGCAAGCAAGCCAAGGAAUGAAGGACUUAAAAAAAGCCGAACAGCAUUUCAGGCUCAACUUACGUCAAGAGAUAAUAAUUCUUGUCCCGAAAUCCAAUGAGAAACUCUUGUCAGUAGAAUGCUUAAAGGACGCACUUGCGAUCCACCAGAAGAUUGUCAAUCUAAACCAGUACUCCAAGAUCUGUGCAACUCUGUCUGGUAUUGAGGGCUCCUCAUCCGACGAAUGCAUGUUUAUAAAUCCUUUAGAAAUAUUCAAAUUCCAAGAGAAGAACUUAGUCAACAUAAGUUCACAACUCGGUGUUGCAUCUCUUUGUCCUUCGCCCGCUCUCAUGAGCAAUGGCAGACCUUCUUGUCAAAAUAUGAAACGCAUGUUUGGGAAUGACAAAAAGAACAUUGGCAACAUCUCAGACGUUCAAGCAAUGCGACUCGUUUAUUAUCUGAGAGAGGCAGACUCUGAUGAAGACUACGACAAAGUUAUUGCCUGGGAACAAGCGUUUCUCGAUAUGUUGUCAUCAUUAAAGAAUAACAUGACCUGUGCAGAGAUCCUUUAUGAAGCCGAACGCAGUUUAGAUGAUGCUAUUGAUGACAGCAGCAGUUCGGAUAUAAGGUACUUUGCGCUGACGUUUACGAUCAUGAUAAACUUUGCCAACAUCAUGUUGGGUAAGAUGUGUCGGAACCCACUGACCGGCCACUCGUUGCUUGGUAUGGGCGGUGUUAUCUGUGUUGCUCUUGGCAUAGCUGCAGGGUUUGGAUUUUCCAUGAUUAUACAAACUCCGUUUGUGAAAAUAGUAGGUGUUCUACCUUUCCUGGUAGUUGGAGUAGCUAUUGAUGAUUUGUUUAUAAUCAUUGACGAGCUCGAUAAGCAGUCCCGUGAUCUAUCAGUGAAAGAAACUGUGGUGCUAGUGAUGUCAAACACAGGGGCCACCAUUACCAUGACAACCAUAACAGAUCUGGUGGCCUUUGCAGUUAGUGCUUCGUCGCAAUUCCCCUCAAUUCAGUAUUUCUGCACGUAUGCUGCCUUCACGAUAACUUUUUCAUACUUGCUUAUCGUAACAGCAUUCGUUGCGCUGUUGACCUUUGAUGUCAAAAGAAUAAAAGCCAAUCGCCGCAACUGUUUGCCUGUCUGCUUUGCACCGCCGCCCAAGGAGGGCAAACCACCAUGGGAUGAACCUCGACAGGCAACGUCCAGUAAGCUAAUGGAAAGAUGGGGCACAUUCCUCAUGAAAUCGCAUAUCAAAAUCAUCGUCAUCCUUAUAUCUUUGGGUCUCCUGGGUGCUGGAAUCUAUGGGACAGUUAACAUCGGUGAAAGUUUCAAUAGAUCUCUGCUGGUGAGGGACAAUACCCAGUACAAGGCGUACCUACAGGCAAGAGAUAGAUUCUUUGAACGACCCAUUGAAGUGAGUGCUGUGGUAGACGAGCACUUAAACUAUGCCACGAAAACCUCACAAGAAGCCCUUCAAAAAUUAGAUGGCAUAAUAAUACAAAAUAAACACUACAAGAACCAGAUUAGUUCAUGGAUUGACGAAUUCAUAUCAUUUUGUCAACGACGAAAUCUGACUACCGAGGGUUCAGAUUUCAUUCCAAAUCUAAAAACGUUUCUUGCAACUCCUUUUUAUUCUCACUUUACGCAAGACGUUAAGCUUUCAGAUGACAAGCAGAGUGUCGUGGCGUCGCGCAUUUUGGGCUACAUUCAAGAUUCUCAUUCCUCGGUGUUUCAGCGCGAUGCUAUGCUGACUUUACGCAAAGAUUUAUCUACAAAGUCGUCUCUCCGUGCCUACCCAAUUGCCAAACCCUUCAUAUAUCUAGAGCAAUACGCAAUCAUUUUUACGGAAACAGUGAGAAACUUGGCAGUUUCUUCGUUAGCAAUCUUGCUAAUCACAAGUCCUUUUCUUGUUGACUUAAUCGUUACCUUCCUUGUGUUUUUGGGUUUUGUGGCUCUAAUCUUCGAGUUGUUUGGAUUGAUGUUUAUCUGGGGAGUAUCCUUGAACUCGAUUUCUAUGAUCAAUCUGGUGAUGGCUAUUGGGUUCUCAGUAGAUUAUAGCGCGCACAUCGCCCUUUCGUUUCUCAAAUCAGACGAGGCAACGCCAGAGAAGCGGGUGGUACACGCCUUAGAGAGUGUUGGUGCCAGUGUUACCCUAGGAGGCAUAAGCACACUUUUGGGAAUACUGCUGACUGCGCUGUCAGAUUCCGAAAUCUUCCGUAUAUUUUUCAAAAUGUUUUUUGGCAUGGUUCUUCUUGGUCUCCUCCAUGGACUCUGCUUCCUGCCAGUUUACCUCUCUGUCAUUGGCAAGUGGAGUAAGCACGUUUCUAUGGCAUUGGUCAACGAAUCCCGUGUACAGAACGGAAAUGAACUGGUAGAUGAGGUUCAUGCGAAUGCAGAUGCUUUAAACGAACUCGAUGCAAAAGCCUGUGGAAGCCAACAAGGAAUGUUUCCAGCCAUAAAAACUAAGGAUUCAGCUGUAUUGGAAGGACAAAAAACCCAAAACACUAACAAAGCUGAAAAUAAUUUUGAUACUUAUCCUCAGACCCACCAACAAGCAUCGAACAUCACGACUAAGCUAUGAUCCAUAAAAAACAUUACAGCAACUGAGUGCUAUGUAGGUUCAGGUUCUUGGACACUGUUUCAACCACAGGUAGCCUCUGUUCUAAAGCUGUAUUUCUAGAAAGAAUGUUUGGGUUUGUUUUCAUCGUAUUUUAUAUAAAGAAAUUUAAGAGUACAAUUCACUAACCUUAGUUGACGUCUUUUUAUGCAUCUUCAAUUGCAGGCGAUUUCCCGAUGGUUUUUCUUCAUUUUAUCCAUUUCCUUCAGAUGGAAAUGAUGACAAAGGAGGUUGACCAACCGUCUUCACUCUCGGUACGUUCUACUUGAGGUCGAUUCAUUCAGAAAAUACAAAUUCUGUCGCAAUUUUACUUCACAGGAGCACGAAUGUAUAGUUCUCCGAUACGUCCAUACAGAUGAAUAAAACCCAGAUAUUAAUACACAGACCAUUAGCCUUGCCUUGAAUUUCGAACUUCGACUCGGUUUACUCUGCAGGUUAGAGACUAAAAGCUCACGGCGAGGCCUGGAAACCAUAAAAUUUAUAUCGCUUUUGGAUACAUUCGAAUCGCUUCGAAUCCCUUCGGGAAAAGGAGUGUUUGGAGCCAACGAUUUAACUAUCAAUUCACAAUGGAAUUUUCCCCUCUUUUUUCCGUUAACAAUUUUUUCAACAUCUUUUGAUAUAGUUUUAUUGAUCGUUUUAAUGCGAAGUAAAAAUGCGACAGUAACCUUUCACUGCGGUUGAUAAUUCAUUGUUUAAUUCCCCGGACGCCAUCUCACCGAAGGGAUCCGAAGGGAUCCGAAUAGAAGGUAUCUGAAGGGAUAUAAAUUACCUCAUUGUCAUUUAUUCUAAGGAGAUUCAUAAAAUGAAGAAAAACCCUUGAAAUUGUCUGCAGUUGAGCACAGGGCUUUAAUACCAACAGAUAAACUAAGUUUAGUAAGUUUUACUCUUAAUUAAGUUCCUAUAGUAAAAUACAUUCUCCCUUGAACUGGUACAGCUCUAGAACAGAGCUUUUGCUGCCUGUGUUGUCAAAUAUUGUACAAUCACCCACCAUACCAUAGUUAGCUAUGCACCUACUCAGUCGUGACAGUAUGGAACAAAAAAAAUAAAAAGAUUGAUCGAUUGAAAUGAUUGAUUGAAUUAGUUUUAAUAGUUUAGUUUAUUAAUAUUUCGUCACUAGAAAAUAACGGAGACUCUAACACAGGGCAACGCCCCAAUUGCUAUUCAGCCCCUUAUAAACUACAAAUAGGUAAGAAUGGAUGAUAAUAUAAUAAUAAUAUUAAUAUUAAUAAUAGAAUAGAUAAUAAUUGAAUAAAUAGUUAACGAAAACGAUGGAACACUUGUACCUUAGGCAAAAAGAUAGUAAUGCUGUACGAGAUUACUAACGCGGGGACGGACCAUUAGAUAGUUGAUGGGGGGGGGGUUGCGUAAACCCCCCAAAAAAUAUCGAGCAACCUCUUCUGCUAGAAGAAAUAUAUCUAACUGUACACAAAAAAAUAACGUGCAAGGUUUAAGCCAAAAAAAUAAAUAUCAUGCAACCAAAAUUCCUGCAACCCCCCUCCCCCCUAUCAAUUAUCUAAUUGUCCAUCCCUAAGGCGGUCUGUAUGAAUUUGUUAUUUUAUCCUUAAAAUGAUGAAAAAUGA